UUCCCCCGUGCAUGGUGUUGGACCUGUUCAAUGAUUUCCGGGACGGGUCCAAGCUGCUGGACCUGCUGGAGGUGAUGAGUGGCCAGCGGAUGAGUCGGGAGAGAGGCAGAGGCAUCUUUCAGCACAGGAGCAACAUUGAAACAGCCCUGUCCUUCUUGAAGAAGAAAUCGAUCAAACUGGUCAACAUUAACAUUCCCGACAUCAUCGACGGCAAACCAUCCAUCAUCCUAGGCUUGAUCUGGACAAUCAUUAUGCAGUAUCAUAUUGAGGAGCUGGCCAGCAGCCUGUCGUUCAGCUCCCGUCAGUCCUCUCUGGAGUCACUGGCCAGCCUGGACUCUCGCUCCACCCUGUCGGCCCGCUCUACUAGCAACAGCCCCGUGCCCCCCAGGGGCUCCCCCCUACACCAGCGUUUCCGCGUCUCUGCCAAGAAAGCUCUGCUGCUCUGGGUCAGGGAACAGUGCCACAAGGCUGGCUGUACUCUGAAUGUGAAGGACUUCAAGGCCAGUUGGCGGAGCGGUGUGGUCUUCUUGUCCAUCCUGUAUGCUCUGAGACCUGACCUGGUGGACCUGUCCAAGGCCAGAACCAGAACUAACCGGCAGAACCUGGAGGAGGCCUUCCGCACUGCCGAGCGCGAGCUGCGCAUCCCCAGGCUACUGGAGCCCGAUGAUGUUGAUGUGAGAGACCCAGAUGAGAAGUCCAUCAUGACCUACGUGUCCCAGUUCCUCCAGUACUCCAGAGACAUGCCUGUGACAGAGGAGGACAUGCAGAUGUACUAUAUGACUCCUCCUAAAAGCCUCUCUCCUGUCAACCUGCCCACUCACUUCACUCCUGCCAUCGCUGCCUCCCCUCUGCGCCAGACCACAACCAAUCAGAAGACCCAGGAAGUGACCUGCUGGCUGUUGCAGGCCUAUCAGGAGUUACUGGAAGGCUGGGACUCCACAGAAGGCGAGAGCUAUUCAGAGAGAUACCAUGUGUUCCAAACCUUUGUGGUGUCCUUUAACGAGCAGCGUCGCCCCGUGAUGCCUCUCCUGACAGCCAUGAAGCGCACCCCCCAGCUGAGUGAAGAGCAGAGGAACCUCAGGGGGGCUUGGGACGCCCUCGCCGAGAAGCUGCGUGAGUAUAAGACAGAGCUAGACCUUAGUCUGCCUGCUUCCCUGGACAUGGUGGGCCGCUGGCUGCUUAGGGCUGAGGGGGCGCUGGCUGAGGAGGAGGGGGACCCUCAGGACCACGCCCGCGCCGCCGAGGUAGCCAGGGAGAAACUGGAUCUGCUCAAGACAUCUCUGGAAGAGAUGCCCCAACAACUUAAGAACUUUCAGAAGUUCCAGAAUAUGGAUGAAUAUGGAGCCAUCCUGGUGCCUACUGACAAACUGGAAGAGAUGAAGAGAAGGUUCACCAGUGUAAGAGUCACUACCAAGUACCAUGGGAUCAAACUGGAGUACCAGGAGCAUCGGCACACAGUGCUGGACCUGCUGGGCCAGAUCAGCAGCAAGCUCCGUGUCUGGAAGAGACCCUACAUAUCCCAGGAGGCUGUGCGUGUGCUGCUGCAAGACUGGCAUGAGUUAGUGGAUAAACAGGACCUAACAUCCUUGCUGGAGGGGGCUCUCCUUAAAUUGAAGCUUGUUGCAAGCAAAUAUACUAGCAAAUCUGCCCUAGCUGCAGACUCCAAAUACAUAAUGUGCCAAGUGAAGGAGUUGGAGGAGGAGGGUGCUGUGGCACUGGAGGGAGUGUCUACGGUGAAGAGCACUAUGGGCCGUGUGCUGUCUGCCUGGGACUCCUACUGUGACUGUUACAGCUCCCUGCAGGCCUGGCUGGAGCAGGCCUCAGCCUCCCACACGCUCGCACAGAGGCCAGAGGUAACAUCUGAGAGUAUGUCAGAGUGGAGUUCCCGCCAGGCCCAUCUGAAUGAGGUGGGGGACUUCCUGGUCCAGCUGACUGACCCCAUGACCAGCCGAGCUCUGGCAGAUGACCUCUGCAAGCUCAACCUGCAUUGGGCGGACUUUAUCAAGAUAACACAAUUUGCUGUUGUAGCUGUGCCCAGCGGAGCUGCAGCCAGACCCCAAGACCUCCAGGCCCUCUUCAGAGAGGCCACCCAGAUCCUGAAGGAACCUGUGGAGGCCAUGUCUGGGCCCCUGAGGACCUACACGAAGAAACUACAGUUCAUGAUGAGGAAGAUAAAAGAAGUGGAUAUGGAUGCCCUCUCCCCCUCCACAGAAUGCUCAGCUGAGACUCUACAGAAGCUGAAGCUGGCUUUACCUGAGGUGAUGCAGACACUGGUUGAGGCUGAGCAGGUGUGUGUGGAGCUGCAGCACAGUGUGUCUGGUCUGGACGGCCGCCUGGCAGAGCUCCUGCACUGGGAGACAGAGGCCCGGGACCUCUACCAGAUCCUAAAGGCAGGAGAACGCAGGGCUUCACGGUGCCAGGACCCCCGCGCCAGGGUGCUGAUCUCUCGUGGGCUGCAGCUGGAGGGUCAGGUGGUGACAGAGGAGCAGGAUCUGCAGGUGAUGGUGAUGACAGGACAGAAGAACUCUCCCCUCCAGUACCUCCUUGUCUCCGCCAUGCAGGACAGAGUCAGAGCUGCCGUGGCUCAGUCACAGGAGGCAGUUGGGAUGCUGAGCUCUCUGGGAGCCAGAAGAGCCAGAAGCCAAAGCCCCACAGAAGACCAGCCCCCACCCAAGAUCUUCAUCCACCCUGAAGAGGGGACUCAACCCGAACAGCCUCAAUCACUCUCUCUUGCCAGGCAUGUAACUCAGGCCUUUGAUCAAUUAGCAUCUCAGCCUGAUGUGAAACCACAGCCCCAGUCCCAGCCUUCCCCUAAACCACAAGCUCAGGCCCAACACCCACCAAUACCACAGAUUAUAGUCCAGGAAUACAGAGAGAAGAAGGCAAGUCCCAGUCCUCCACUCCUGUAUUCCUAUGCACAAGCUGUGACUCAGUCAAAGGGCCGAGCACAGUCACCUCCAGAGCCACAGGUUGCUGCCCAGAGCAAAAAACACUCUCCACCCCUAACCCAGAAACAACCACUAGUGCAGCAACAGCCACCAUCUCAACAACAGCGUCCAACUCAGCAACAAGUACUCUCUCAGCAACAAGUACUCUCUCAGCAACAAGUACUCUCUCAGCAACAAGUACUCUCUCAGCAACAAGUACUCUCUCAGCAACAAGUACUCUCUCAGCAACAAGUACUCUCUCAGCAACAAGUACUCUCUCAGCAACAAGUACUCUCUCAGCAACAAGUACUAUUUCAACAACAGGUUCUAUCUCAACAACAAAUAUCUGCUCAGCAGCAGGUUCAAAGCCAGAAACAGGCCCAACAACCAGCACAGGCCCAGAAACAGACUCCAUCUCAGCAACCGGAAAAGACACAGAAGCAGCCUCUAACCAAGGAAGAGAUGCAGAGCCGGAAGAAGCAACCUCAGGCCAUGAAGAACCGACCCUGGCUCCAGAAGAAGGUCAAGGAUCAGGAUCAGGCUUCAGCCCAGGCUCCAUCCCAAGCUACAGCCCCGGGUCCAUCCCAAGCUCCAGCCCAGGCUCCAUCCCAAGCUCCAGCCCCGGGUCCAUCCCAAGCUCCAGCCCAGGCUCCAUCCCCGGGUCCAUCCCAAGCUUCAGCCCAGGCUCCAUCCCAAGCUCCAGCCCUGGGUCCAUCCCAAGCUCCAGCCCAGGCUCCAUCCCAAGCUCCAGCCCCGGGUCCAUCCCAAGCUUCAGCCCAGGCUCCAUCCCAAGCUCCAGCCCAGGCUCCAUUCCAAGCUCCAGCCCAGGCUCCAUCCCAAGCUCCUGCCCAGGCUUCUAAUCAAACACAGGCUCAACAACAGCCAGAGAAACCAAUCAUGUCUCAAGUCCCUGUCCAGGUAGUUCCACAGCCUUCAGGAACACCCAGGCCCCACCCUCAGGCACAAGCCAGGACUAUGUUUCCUUCUCAAUCACAGACCAUGGCUAGUGCUCAGGCUCUACCCCAAGCAGGGCCACAGCAAGUCCCCCAGGCAUAUCUUUAUGGCCAGCCUCCUGCCCAAUCUCUGACCCAACCCCAAGCAAAGACCAAGAGCCACACUCAACCUAAACCAACGGCCCAAACCAAACAGCAACCCAAGACUAUUAUCCAUGCUCCAUCCCAAACCAUGACUCACACUGAACCCCAGCCCAUAACUCAAGGCCAAGCACAGCUCAUGACCUAUGGUCAAUCUCAACCUAUGACCUACUCACAAUCACAGAUGCAGGCCAUGUCUCAAUCCCGGAUGACUCAAGAGAAACCCCAGCCACAGGUCCAGAAACCUCAGCCACAGGUCCAGAAACCACAGCCACAGGUCCAGAAACCACAGCCACAGGUUCAGCCACAGGUUCAUCAACUGAUGCAUCCACAGUCUCAAGCUCAGGCCCAACCACAUCCCCAAGCAUGGGCCCCAGUCAGGCCGCCACAAACACUCACAGAGACGCACCGGCUGGGCCUGCAUUCACAGGCCCAGCCUCACCCCCAGGCUCACCCACAACUCCAGGCCCAGCCUCACCCUCAAGUUCAGCCUCAAACCCGGGCCCAUCCUCAACCUCAUGUCCAGCCUCACCCCCAGGCCCAGCCUCACCCUCAUGUCCAGCCACAACCCCAGGCCCAGCCUUAUCCUCAAGUCCAGACCCAGCCUCAUCCUCAAGUCCAGCCUCAUCCUCAAGUCCAGUCUCAUCCCCAGGCUCAGCCUCACCCUCAAGUUCAGCCUCAUCCCCAGGCCCAGCCUCAAUCUCAAGUCCAGUCUCAACCUCAGGCCCAGCUUCACCUACAGGCCCAGCUUCACCCCCAGGCCCAGCCUUACCUUCAAGCUCAGCCUCACCCCCAGGCCCAACUUCAUCCUCAUCCUUAUUCCCCUGCUCAGGCUCAACCCCAACAAUGGGCCCCAGUCAGACCCUUCAGCCCAACUUACCCUCAGCCAAAGGGUCAUCCCCAGCCAAUAACCCAGGUAACCCCAGUCAGACCUGAACCACGGCCACAAGCCUAUCCUCAGCCCAUCAUGGUCCAGCGUCACCCUCUUCCUCAGGCUUACCCACUAGGUCAAGCUCCACCGCAGCAAUGGGCCCCAAUCAGGCCAGAGCAAGCCCCCCAGGCAUAUCUUUAUGGCCAGCCUUAUGGCCAACCUCAAGCCCAAAUACAGCCCCAAAGCCAUGUUCAACAGCAGCCUCAGGUGAGAGCUUACAACCUUACCAAUGUUAAGGCCCAGCAAGGCCAGUUCCAACAGCAGCUAUGGGCCCAGCCCCAUCCCCAGCCUCAAAUUCAACCCCAGCCAUAUGUCCAGCCUCAGCCACCUCCCCAGACCCAAAUUCAACCCGCAACCCAUUUGCAGCCUCAGCCCCUCUCUCAGACUCAUUCUCAGACCCAGAUCCAGACCCAGCCCAAACUUCAGCCUCAGCCCCACUCUCAACCUCAUUCUCAGCCCCAGAUCCAGCCCAAGCUUCAGCCUCAACCCUACUCUCAGCCACAGCCUGAGCCCCAGAUCCAGAUGGAGCCCAAGCCCCAGACCCAUAUCCAGCCUCAGCCCCAGCCCAUGAUCCAGCCCAUUCCCCAGCCCCAACCAGAGCCACCACCCCAGCCCAGUAACCAGCCUCAGCCCCAGACCCAACCCCAGCCACCUCUCCAGCCCAAUAUCCAGCCUCUUCCCCAGGUCAAGCCUCAGCUCCAGCCUAAGACCCAGCCCCAGCUCCUUUUCGAGCCUCAUCUCCUUCCCCAGUCACCACCAGAUUCCCCAGAGCUCCAAAUGAAACCCCCAGCUCUGGCCCAGGCCCCACCCCAGGCUUACACCGAGGCCUAUGCCAAAGCUCAGGCCCUGGCCAGGAACCAGUUUGAGGAGGCCAAGCACUGCCUGCAGGAGCACAUCCUGGCUGCCAUUAAUGUCUUCAAACACAAACACAUAUCUAUCGAACAAGCUUCAGUGAAGGAGGAGACCCUGAGGACCCUGGACCCUGAGCUGUUGAAAGUGUUCCUGAGGGCAGCAGAGGGUAUGGAGGCCUUCUGCACCAUGCCUCAGCUCAGAGAUAUGGAGUUUUUCACACAGUCUGUCAGGACCCAAUGGGAGGUAGGUGGCAGUACAUCAGACACCUGUAGACUGAUGACUCUCUUGCUGUGUCUCCAGGCGUGUUUCUCUGCAGAGGGCAGCCUAGCCCAGGCUGGGCAGCACCUGGAGGCCCUGAAGGAACUGUGUGACACCCUGAGCCCCGAGGACGCCCACCGUCUGGCCCAGGCUCAGCUCAGGGAGUGUGAGAAAAGACUGGCCGCCAUCCAGCGGCAGUUCAGUGGAGACAGGGAUACACCGCCCCCCGACACACCUGGAAUUCCUCUUGACCCGGGGAAAGAUCUGACCCCACAGAAGGAAUCUACAGUGCAGAGUGACAAACCUCCAGGUCCAACUGAGGUUUCACAAGUUGUUGUGAAGACAGCGGUUGUUGAGAAGAGGGUGAUUGACGAGAAGGAGAUUGACAAGCAGGCAGUCAUAGAGGAGGAUCCUGCCAAAAAGGAGGCAUUAGAAAGAUAUGACAUUACUAAGAAGGCUGUUCAGGCUCAACUAGCCAAGAUCGAGCAGAAUUCCGAGAGAGACCUGGCCGCUGACUCAGUCUCUCUCAAAGAUCUGCACACACGUCUACAGGAGAUACAGACAUUGUGCCAGGACACAGAGUCUCUGUGGUCUGAGUUUGGCCACCAGUGUUCUCAGAGCUCCCAGUACAGUGGGGAGAGUGGUGAUGGUGGUGUGAGUGUGGAGCACGACCAAGCUGAGCUGAGGAAGCAGUGGAGAGGCCAGCAGUCAGCUCUGCAUAGGAGAGGCAGCUCUCUGGUGGCAGCUCUGAGACAGAUAGACUCCACAGAGAACCACGUUGUUGACUUCUCCGAACGCCUCGACUGCUUCAUCAGAGAGCCCAAGGACAUCAACGCAUUUACACUGGCCAACACCAACAUCCUGACGGACAUCAAGGACCUGGAUGAGAGCAUUCAGAGAGAGCUGGACCAGAUGUCUAGUUUUGACUCUGAUUCCAGUGAGCUGGAUCCCAGUGACCGCUCUCCUUUGACCCGUGUGGUCAAGACCCACAGAACCAGUCUAGACAAGCUGAGACAGCAAGUCCGUAAGAGCGAGGCGGCCGCCAGGGCCCUGGACCGCUUCCUCAUGUCCCUGCGCACCGUAGAGCAGGACAUCUCUGGAGUACAGGGUGCCCCCUGCAGCGAUGCGUGGGUAUUGCAGGACUGCCGCUCCAAGCUGGCCCUGAUCAGGCAGAGUGUGGACAGUCUGGGGGACAAGGCCCCCCAGCUAGACUUGCUACUCCAGGGGGCCAGGCUGUCUGUGACUCGGGACGGGGCCCCAGCCUCCUGCCUGGACAUGGUGUCUGCCUUGGUGCUGCGGCUUGAGGAGGCUGAUGGCGGUCUGGUCAGCCAGCAGCACAGUGUCCAGAGGGAGCAGGAGAUGAGGGGCCUGGGCCUGAGGAGGAGGACUCUGCUGGGGGAGCUGAGGAAGGUGCAGGAGGCAGCAGAGAGGCACGGACUAAAGGAGCCAACCAUGCCUGCUGUGCAGCAGAGGCUGCGUGUCCUGUCUGACCUGGAGGGCCAGCUGAACUCCCAGCGCUCUGAGCUCCAGAGACUCCAGGAGGCCCACUCUCAGGGCCAGGAGGGAGAAGGCAAUCCCCUGGAGGAGCUGAAGACCCAGUGGGAGAACACCCAGAGAGCUGUGGCUGACAGACAGGAACAGUGCAACAUCCUGUUGGAACUACUAAAGAUGUUCCAGAGCUGUCGCAGUUACUUAAGCACCACCAUGCAGAAGGCUGAGCAGACCAUCAGUGAGCAGACCUCCUACAUGGGCAAGGAGAACCUGCAGAGGCUUAUAGCUAAGGUCCAUGGUAUAAAGGAGGAUCUGAGUGGCUUGGGGACAGGCAUGGAGGAUAUCAGGGGGGUGUGCAGACAGCUGCAGUCCCAUCUGAAGAAGAUCCCUGACUGUAAUGAGACUCCAUUUGAGGCCGAGGCUGAUGGACUGGUGGACCAGUGGCUGGAUGUGACAGAGAAGACAGACUCCUACAUAGAUAACCUGCGCAUGGGGCUGGAGCUGUGGGACAAGCAGCUGAUGUUAGGGGGAGAGGUGGAUGGCUGGGCGGGGGCCAAACUUGCCCUGUUUGCAGAGAGCCACCCCUUCCAGAAGGAACAGGACGUCCUGACCAUGAGGGAUGAGAUCCAUGCCCAUGAGGAGAACAUUGAGCAUUUCCACAAGAAGUCCAUUGAGAUCCAAGAGCUUCUUCAAACCCAAGAGGCCCCACUGGAGCUACAGGUGAUGGAGACCCAGCUGAGGAAGAAGAUGGAUCAGGUGGACGAGCUAUUCUCCGACAGCACCGAUGUCUUCCAGGAGCUGAUCGCUGUAAAGAGACACCUGGCAGAGAAGGUGACAGAGUGCCAAUCUGCCCUGCACACCAUCCAGUCCUCUCUGGGCACGCUCAGUAUGCCAGGAGACCAGUCCCAGAUGCAGGAUCUGUGUGAGCAGCUACAGGCCCAGGAGGAGCAGGCAGGGUCAGUGCUGAAGGAGGUGGGUCUCAUGUCCAGUGUGGCCAGCCCCCAGGUGCUACAGACCCUGUCUAUAGACUGCACCAGGCUCAGAGAGAACAUCUCACACACCAAAUACAUGAUCCACCAGAAACAGGAGGAGGGAGAAAAGGGCCUCAUCAAGGUCAUCAAAAAUGAGAGCCAUUUGUUUGAAGAGUGGUUCCAGGACCUGCAGUUGUCUGUGAACGAGUGCUUUGAGAACCCAGUGUGUAAACAGGACGUGGAGGCCUCCAUGAAAAGACUGGCUUGUUUCCUGGUGUCUAAGGAUGGUGAGAAGCGUCUAGGUCAGGUGAGAGAGCACAUGGAGAGAGGCAGAGAGCAGGUUCCGCCAGAGCAGCUGGCCCACCUGAAAAGCUGGCUGGGGGAGCAGGAGAAGGAGCUGGCCACAUUCAGAACCCAUUGCCAGGGCAGACAGAGCCAGCUGGACACUGUCCUCAGAACCCUCAACAGUCUACAGCAGGAACAUGAAUGUUUCCAUGGCUGGCUUCAGGCCUGGGAACACAAGUCAGUGGAAGGAGAACAAGUCAACAACUUUCUCAAAGAUCUCCACAAAGAAAGUGAGAGAGUGGAGGCCCUCAGUGAGCUGUGUUCGUCGGUGCGGAGGCAGGGUCUGAGAGGGGACAGCCUGCUGACUGACACUGACGACCUCCUGCAGCGCUACCGGAGCCUGGAGGCCAGACUGCAGCAGCAGGCCGAGACCCAGAGAGUCCUGGAGGAGACCAGUAGGAGGUUUGAUACCCAGACUGACAGCACCAGGACCUGGGUUAGAGACCAGCAACAACGACAGCAUCACCAGAUCCAGAAAGAGGAGAGAAUACACACAGCACAGGUCAUUCUCAGUUCGAGACCUGAGGGAGACUCUAAGCUGCAGGACUUGAGGAGACGAGGUCAAAGUCUGUGUGAACAUCAGGACCUGGAGGAGAGCAGGAGACGAGAGGUUCAGCAGACAGUCAGAGACAUGGAAGAGGAGUGGAGGAGAGUCCUGCAGACUGCUGAGGAAACUCUUACCAAAGCUGAGAUGCAGAGUGCUAUCGAAGGCCAGCUGAGAGUGUUUGACUCCCAGACAGAAAGUACCAGGACCUGGGUCAGAGACCAGCAGCAACAACUCCACUCUCUGGGCAACCAGGCAAAGACUGAGGACCAAAGACACACAGCACAGACCAUCCUGAGCUGCAGACCUGAGGGAGACUCUAAGCUGCAGGACUUGAGGAGACGAAGUCAGAGUCUGUGUGAACAUCAGGACCUGGAGGAGAGCAGGAGACGAGAGGAUGCCGUCCUGAGUUCCAGAACUGAGGGAGACUCUAAGCUGCAGGACUUGAGGAGACAAGGUCAAAGUCUGUGUGAACAUCAGGACCUGGAGGAGAGCAGGAGACGAGAUGUUCAGCAGACAGUCAGAGACAUGGAAGAGGAGUGGAGGAGAGUCCUACAGGCUGCAAAAGAGGCGCUGGAUCGGGCUGAGGUACUAGAAAAAGAGCUGAGAGCUUUUGAAACCUGGAAGGAAGGCACUCGGGUCUGGGUGAAAGACCAGAAACAACAGCUACACUCUCAGAGCAGCCAGACCAAGACUGAGGAGAGACUACAUACCGCACAGGCUGUCCUGAGUUCCAGACCUGAGGGAGACUCUAAGCUGCAGGACUUGAGAAGACGAAGUCAGAGUCUGUGUGAACAUCAGGACCUGGAGGAGAGCAGGAGACGAGAGGUUCAGCAGACAGUCAGAGACACGGAGGAGGAGUGGGGAGAAGUUCUUAAGGCUGCAAAGGAGGUGGUGGAUAAGGCCGAGGUUCAGAGUGUCAUAGAGAGGGAAAUGAUUGAAUAUGUUACCCAGAAGGGAAGCAUUCAGGCCUGGGUCAGAGACCACAAACAACGCCUACACUCUCUGGGCAGCCAGAGCCAGACUGAUGACAGAAUAAACAUAGCACAGGCUGUCCUGAGUUCCAGACCUGAGGGAGACUCUAAGCUGCAGGACUUGAGGAGACGAAGUCAGAGUCUGUGUGAACAUCAGGACCUGGAGGAGAGCAGGAGACGAGAGGUUCAGCAGACAGUCAGAGACAUGGAGGAGGAGUGGAGGAGAGUCCUGCAGACUGCUGAGGAAACUCUGCGUCAGGCCCAGGUGUGGUAUUCUCUCUCCAGGCAGCUAGAGGCCUUCCAGGCCCUGGAGGAGAGCAGUAGAGCCUGGUUCAAACUGCAGCAGCAGAACACAGACUCCCUGGGAACAGGCACCCGGGGCAGCAAGGAAGAGAUCCAGAACAGGCUGCAGAGAGCAAAGGCUGUCCUCAGUUCCAGACCUGAGGGAGACUCUAAGCUGCAGGACUUGAGAAGACAAGGUCAGAGUCUGUGUGAAAACCAGGACCUGGAGGAGUGCAGGAGACUAGAGGUUCAGCAGACAGUCAGAGACAUGGAGGAGGAGUGGGGCGAAGUUGUACACAAGGCUGAGGUGGUGCACAGACUGUUGCAAGGUGUGGUGGAACACCUGGUGUCCUGUCAGUACCAGAAGUGUCAAGCCCAGUCCCGUCUGGCUGAGCUCCAGCACCAGACAGCAGAGCUGCCCCGUCACUUCCCCUGGCCUGGGCUGGGAGACCGAGGGCAGGCUGUGGAGACGGCCAGGACCCUGCUGGAUAAAACCAGGAACCUGGCCCCAGCCCUCUCUGUCCUCCACACCCAGGGCAAGGAAAUGUUCCAGCUUACCCAGGACCCCAGCUGGACAGACCUCUUCUGGGCCACCAUGGAGGAAUGCAUCCCUGCCCUUCUCAAAGAACUGAUGGAGGCCUGUGUGAGGAUGGAGGAGGGCAUCCACAUGGAGAGGCACUGUGCCCAGCUAGUGGAACAGCAUGGGGCAGCCCAGGACUGGCUGAGGGAGCAUGUGAAGGGUCUGGGCCCCCAGCCCACAGACAGACAGGCUCUACACAGCUACGCCAACACCCUGAAGGCCCUGCUCCAGACUGUCGACAGGGAGGAGAGGGAGAUGAGGGAGCUGGACGCAAUCCGAGACACCCUGCUGAGCCGCUGCACCCCUGCCGGUCGGGACACCCUGACCCUAGAGGUCAGCCACCUCCACGACCUCCUCACUUCUUCUGAGAGGGAGAUGAGGGAAAGGCUGGGAGGCUGCGAGGCCCAGCUGAAGGAGCUGGAUGCGAAGAUGGCCAAGAAGGCCCAGGGCCUGAGGGAGAGGGCCAAAGCCCUGCAGUGGGAGCUCCGUUCUCUGGACCAGGCCCUGAGCUACAGCGAGCCACACCCCAACAUAGCCCAGCUCCAGCAGCACUGGCACAGCCUCAAGAACUGCGAGAGGUCGUUGGAGGGGUUAGGGCUUAAAGUUCAUGACCUGCGUCAGGCUGCCAGAUCGGCAUCCACAGAGGAGGACCUUCCCGCUGAAGUCAUCUCCAUAAUGGAGUUACUGAGCCAGCAGCACGACAGUCUGAAGACCAGGUUAGGUGAGAGGCAGAGCUGCUGCACUGAGAACACAGCUCGCUGCCUCACAGCCUCUGUUCAGCUUCUGCAGCAGUGGAACCACUCGUCACCCACACGGACAGCCACCUCCAUCCAGGCUGCAUUAGAGGAGGGUGUGCAGUUCCAAAAGGCCCUGAAGGAGGUGCUGUCUCACAGACAGUUCCUGGUGGACUGCCUGAAGCCUGACCAAGCAGACAGACUGGAGAAAGACACCACUGCAACACUCAGGGAUGCAGACACACACAGCACCUUUCUCACCAAGACUCUGAAAGAUGUAGCUGAGAAGAGUAAACAGAAAAUAGAUGUGACUCAGCCGGUUGCUGUCACCUCAGUCCAGACAGAAGACAAACCAGCCGCACCACCUAGGAGGACAGCCAAGACCAAGCAGACUCCCACCCAGGAGAGUCAGCAAGCUACACCACAGUUACUUCUCCAUAUCAAAGAGAAAAUCAUACCACAACCACUCCCCCCUGUCACAGAGAAAAACAUACCACAGCCACUCCCCCCUGUCACAGAGAAAAUCAUACCACAACCACUCCCCCCUGUCACCAGAGAAAAUCAUACCACAACCACUCCCCCCUGUCACAGAGAAAAUCAUACCACAACCACCUCCCCCCUACAGGAGUCAAAGCACCACCCCCGUCCCACACCACCUCGCAACAAGAGAAAAGCCAAGGCCAGCAGGCCCAGCCCUGACACACAGCCUGAGAGAGCUGUGGAGAACAGGGUCAAGUAUAACACUGAGGAGUUAUGGAAGGACGACAAGGCUGAGACUGAACAACGAUACAUUGUACUGGACCUGCCCACAGUGAGCGAUGUUGCUGUACCUCCUGCUGUCACCUCAACCCAGACAGAGGACAAAGCAAAAGCACCAUCCACACCGCCUCGUACUAAGAGAACAGCCAAGAGCCAGCAGGGCUACAACCCAGGCCCUCUUACCCCAGGCCUCUGA